AUGACAUAUCUUCCAAAUGAAGAUGACUCAAUAAAAGUUGAAAUUACAACAAGUACUGAUAACAUUAAUCUUAAGCUUGCCGGAGAUAAAGUUGGAACUAAAACAAACAUUCAUUCAAUUAAAUCUGAUGGUAAAAAUAAAAUUGCUCAUCAAAUUCCUUUUGCUAUUUGCUUCAAUAAUCGUGAAGAUAAAGUUGAAAAGCUAUUUAUCAAAAUUAAAUUUGCUGAAUUAAUCUUUGAAAAACAAAUCACUGUAAUCCCGUGUUAUAUUAGGUUCACAAAAACUGCUAUUAAUGGCUCGAAUCCUAAAAUUAAUUUUGAUUUUGAUGUUCCUCAAAGAUCUCCUGCUCCCAUUUGUAACGGAAAGUAUUACAUUUUUGAUUCACAAAAAUUUUUGGAAAUUGAUAAUCAUACAAAGAUGAAAGAAGAGGACUCAUAUCAUGUUGUUACUCCAUUCAGUUACAAUGUGUAUUCUCUCAAUGAACCAAAUCAAUACACGACUAUUCAUUACAACGAGAAUCAUCAAAUUCAAUACCAAAAAAAUGUUCUUAACUUUUCUUACUUUGUUAUUGAUCGAAAUGGUAAAUACUAUGUAGUUCAUAAAAAUGACCUCAAAGAAGACCAUCAAAUUGUAUGUGGUAGGUUAUGUCAGAGUGAUAUCAGAACCACAGGCAAAGAUAAGGCUCAAAAGAAAUGGCAAAAUUGCUGGUUCCCAUUUACUGAUGACAAAGAAGCAAUAAAGCAACUUUUCUCAAAUCAUCAAAAGAAUAUAUAUCAUAUGAUAUAUAUGACGAAAAGUAUUUUGGAAUUUAUUAGGUUGCCUUACGAUGAAUCAUUGGCAGCCAAAAAUAUAUUGAAUUACAUAGUUGACAUAUUUUACCAUCGUUUGGAAGCUCUUAACAAACAAAAAGGUCAUCUCAGGACUGAUGUCGAUAUUAAAUUAAUCUUUGAAACCAGGAAAUCCUGCCAAAUAGAUAUACCUUUGAAUCCCAUUAAUGAAAUACUAAACACAACCGAUGAGCUAUUUAAGAGGGAUCUCCAAAGAAUCGUAAAUGGAUUCACACCUGAGAGACGAAAUUCAUUCAUUCGUGUAAUGAGUGAAAUAUUAAAAGACAGUCCUGUAUACUCGAAACAGGAUAAAACUGAAAAAGACUACCAAUAUCUAUUGCAAAAUGUUUUCAAAUAUUCACCAUUAAACAUAUUGAUGAAAAAGGUUUUAGACUUCAUCAAAUCGAAAUCAUUGAUUAUAUCGGUUGAUGAUGAAAAGACUAAUGUUGUUGACUCUAUCAUUACCAAAUACAAAGGUGCUCCUGUUAAAAACAACUCUGAAUUUAAUUCUUUGAUUGAAAGAGAGAUUAA